GGGUGUCUCGGCGCCGCCUGCGCGCGACGGGUGUUUGUGCGCGUGCCGCACCGAGCCGCCCCGGCCGCGCCGGUACUCGCCGCCGCCUCCUCCCCACCGGCUCCGCGCAGCACCCGCGCAGCGGGGAGGCGUCUUCAUGGGCUGCUACCAUGCCUGGGCCCCGGAGAUUUCGGGCCAAGCUAGUUUUGCAGAACGUUGGGAAUAAGCGGUAUGUCAGAUAUGGCUGAGAUUCCGAAGAUGAUCCACAUGUUUUACAUUUUACACAAAUUUUGGGAAAUAAAAUGUAUGCUUGCAGCUCUACAGUAACUUUGGAACAGGACCUCAACAAAAAAAUGCAUAUCUGGAUGCUGCAGACGAUCGCAUUUGCUUUAACAUCGCUAGUCCUCUCAUGGGCAGAAAGCAUUGAGUAUUAUGGGGAAAUCUGUGAUAAUGCCUGUCCUUGUGAGGAGAAGGACAGCAUCUUAACAGUGAGCUGUGAAAACAGAGGGAUCAUCAGCCUUUUUGAGAUCAGUCCGCCAAGGUUCCCUGUCUACCACCUCUUGCUGUCUGGGAACCUUUUGAACAGGCUGUACCCAAACCAGUUUGUCAAUUACACAGGGGCUUCGAUUUUGCAUCUGGGAAGCAAUGACAUACAAGACAUCGAAACUGGGGCCUUUCAUGGUCUGAGAGGUUUAAGGAGACUGCACUUGAACAAUAACAAGCUGGAACUUUUACGGGAUGACACUUUUCUUGGGCUAGAGAGUUUGGAAUAUCUACAGGUUGAUUAUAAUUAUAUUAGUGUCAUUGAGCCCAAUGCCUUCAGCAAACUGCAUUUGCUGCAGGUUCUGAUUCUUAAUGAUAACCUCCUUUCCAGUCUGCCCAACAACCUUUUUCGUUUUGUGCCCUUAACUCACCUGGACCUGAGGGGUAACCGACUGAAGCUGCUGCCCUACAUGGGCCUUUUGCAGCACAUGGAUAAAGUGGUGGAGCUGCAGCUGGAGGAAAACCCCUGGAAUUGCUCAUGUGAGUUGAUUGCUCUAAAGGAUUGGCUGGACAGUAUUUCUUACUCUGCUCUGGUGGGAGAUGUGGUUUGUGAGACUCCUUUCCGCUUACAUGGUCGAGAUUUGGAUGAAGUCUCCAAGCAGGAGCUUUGCCCAAGGAGGCUCAUCUCUGAUUAUGAAAUGAGACCACAGACACCACUGAGUACCACAGGGCAUUUCCACACUACCCCAGCCUCGGUCAACUCCGUGGCCACUUCUUCUUCGGCUGUUUACAAAUCUCCCUUGAAGCCCCCCAGAGGAACACGCCAACCCAACAAGACAAGGGUGCGCCCCACCUCCCGCCUGCCCUCAAAAGACCUGGGAUACAGCAACUAUGGCCCCAGUAUUGCCUACCAGACCAAAUCCCCGGUGCCUUUGGAGUGCCCCACUGCCUGCACUUGCAACUUGCAGAUUUCUGAUCUGGGCCUCAAUGUCAAUUGUCAGGAGAGGAAGAUUGAGAGCAUUUCUGAACUGCAGCCCAAACCAUAUAAUCCUAAGAAGAUGUAUCUGACGGAAAACUACAUUGCGCUGGUACGCAGGGCAGAUUUUGUGGAUGCCACUGGGCUGGAUUUGCUGCAUCUGGGCAAUAAUCGGAUCUCGGUUAUUCAGGACCGGGCUUUUGGGGAUUUAACUAAUUUGCGAAGGCUAUACCUGAAUGGGAACCGUAUCGAGCGGCUGAGUCCAGAGCUGUUCUAUGGGCUGCAAAGCCUGCAGUACCUGUUCCUGCAGUACAAUGUCAUCCGGGAAAUAGAGGCGGGCACCUUUGCAUCUGUCCCCAACCUUCAGCUCUUGUUUUUGAACAACAAUCUGCUGAGGUCUUUGCCAGGGAACAUUUUUUCUGGUCUGUCUCUCUACAGGCUGAGCCUGCGGAGCAACCACUUCUCCUACCUGCCAGUGAGUGGGGUGUUGGACCAGCUGAAAUCCCUGCUGCAGAUCGACCUGCACGAGAACCCCUGGGACUGCACCUGCGACGUGGUGGGCAUGAAGCUGUGGCUGGAACAGCUCAACACCGGUGUCCUGGUGGACCAGGUUAUCUGCGAGUCCCCCAAGAAGUUUUCCCAGAGCGACAUGCGGGCUGUCAGGGCGGACCUGCUGUGCCCCGACUACUCGGACAUCGUCGUUUCUACGCCUACGCCGUCCCCGGGCCAGUUGCCGGCCAGGACCACCCCCUCUUCCUCCACCGUGCGCCUCAACGGCACGGCGUCAGCGGGCGCCUCUGCGCCCGCUGGCGGCGGCGGCAGCUCCUCGGUGCCGCUCUCGGUGCUGAUUCUCAGCCUACUGCUCGUUUUCAUCAUGUCUGUCUUCGUGGCGGCAGGGCUCUUCGUCCUGGUGAUGAAGCGGCGCAAGAAGGGCCAGGGUGACCACGCCAGCGCAAACAACUCCGACGUGAGCUCCUUCAACAUGCAGUACAGCGUCUACAGCGGCGGCCACCAUCACCAUCACCACCCACACCUCCAGCAGCACCCGCCUCACCGCGGCGGCGGAGGCGGCGGUGGAGGGGGCGUGGCGCUGCCCAAAGUGAAGACCCCCGCCGGCCACGUCUACGAGUACAUCCCGCACCCCUUGGGCCACAUGUGCAAAAACCCCAUUUACCGCUCCCGGGAGGGUAACGCGGGCGAGGAUUACAAAGACCUCCACGAGCUCAAGGUCACCUACAGCAGCCACCCCCUGCAAGUCGGGGGGGGCGCGCCUCCUCCCCCACCACCCCCGCCGCCGCCGGCGCCCAGCGGGGAGGAUGCCCCGGUGCGCAGCCCUGCGUACAGCGUCAGCACCAUCGAGCCUCGGGAGGAGCUGCUCUCCCCGGUGCAAGACGCCGAUCGAUUUUACAGGGGCAUUUUGGAGCCCGACAAACAUUCCACCUCCUCCACGGUGGGCACACCCGGCUCCACCCUCCCCGAUUACCCCAAGCUACCCGCCGCCUACACCUACUCCCCCAACUAUGACCUUAGGCGUGCCCACCAGUACUUGCACCCGGGGCCGGUGGACAGUAGGCUCCGGGAGACGGUGCUCUACAGCCCCCCGAGUACUGUCUAUGUAGAGCCAAAUAGGAACGAGUAUUUGGAGCUAAAAGCAAAACUAAACGCAGAGCCGGACUACCUCGAAGUGCUGGAAAAACAGACCACAUUCAGCCAGUUCUGAGAAACACCACCCACCCCCCGCCCCCUGCCCCACUGCCUCCCUGCCAGCCACAGCAGCUCCUUCUCUAGAGUAUUUGUAUUUAACAACCACAAGCAAAAGAACGUAAAUGCCGACCUCCCACCUCGCCCCCUGCCUAUUUUUCCUCCUUUAAUUCAUUUUAUUGUAGGGCGAAGUGCCUUGGCACAGGAUUUUACAGCAUGGGGGAAUGAUUCUGGAAGGGUGUGCUGUUUAUUUUCAGCUUUUUU